UCGGAUGCUACACAACACGAAACGUGACGUACGUAUCGAAGAACAAUGUUGGCUGAUGCGUAACUCAAGUGUCAACGACCUCACCAACUCAGACAUGCAUCUUACGGGAAAUUUGGCGGGAACAUGGAGAGAAAAAUCCAAGAGAGCGCUAAAGCAGAUCAAAGGCGCAUUACGUGAAACUACGGUCGAGCCAUGCCUCUUCAUGUAUAUGAUGUGCACGUCGAUAUCUUCGCUCGCGGUCCAGAACAUGCACUUGGAGAAGGCGUGCAGAGUCAACUUCGACUAUGGAGAUAAUAUUUGCGAUCGGAUUCAAAAUCGCAAUACGUCCGGGCUAGGCAACGAAUUGAAUGAAAUCCAAUCAUUGGUCGCAACUGUAGUUGCUUGGAAGUUCCCACUUCAGACUGGAAUACCUGCAGCUAUGGUGUUAUUCGUCGGUGCUUGGAGUGAUAAGUACAAAAAACGAAAAAUUUGCAUAUUAUUCCCGUUCACUGGAGAAAUAAUUUCGAAUAUAGGACUGCUUUUGGCAACGUAUUAUUUCAAGGAAUUGUCUUUAACGACUACAGCGUUAAUUGAAGCUCUCCCCGCGGCGUUUACCGGCAGUUACAUUAUUAUAUUUGUCGGAAUGUACAGUUUCAUGGCAGACAGGACGACGAUCGAAAACAGGACGUUUCGGUUGGGUCUCGUCUCCAUAUGUGUGACGUUAGGCACUCCCACCGGCACUGCACUCAGCGGUAUCUUGUUACGUGCCCUCGGUUACUACGGAGUUUUCUCAUUAUUACUCUGUUUGUAUACAUUCUCCUUUAUCUAUGGAAUUUUAAAGCUCGAAGAUGUUAUGCCGACCGAAAGUAAAAAUAAUGAGAGCGUAAAAAAUGAACCUUUGAAGAUUGUUAGUGAAGUUCUUAAAUUAGUGGGGCAUACAUUGAUGGUGGCUCUGAAACCUCGAGUGUUUUGUGGGAGAGUGCAAAUAUUUACGAUACUCCUCCUUUAUCUUUUAAUGGUGGGACCUCUGUACGGUGACUCGCAAGUAUCCUACUUGUACUCGAUCCGAAGAUUCGCCUUCUCUGAAAUAGAAUAUAGUAUUUAUGGAACAAUCAACAUCGUCCUUGGAUUAUUCGGUACGAUGUUCUGCAUAUCCAUACUGAGCAAGAGAUUUUUAGUGCAGGACAGCGUUAUAGGUGGCAUUGCAGGUGUGAGCAGGAUAGCAGGAUGUUUCAUGUUCGCCUUCGCACCCAACAGAUCAUGGUUUUACUCAGCUCCCGUGCUCAACAUAUUUAGUCAUACAGGAUUGACUGCUGUUAGAUCUAUUGCUUCUAAAAGCGUUCCUACGGAAGAAGUUGCAAAAUUAAACGCGCUAAUAGGAGUAUCAGAAGCUUUGGCGCCUUCGAUCUACAUGCCUGCCUCCAGCUACAUUUAUAUGACGACCAUUGACACAUUUCCUGGUGCAUUUUACAUGUUCGACGCCGCUCUUACUGUAUUCGCAUUGGGAUUAUUUUGCUUUAUCUACGUACUGGUAAGGCGAAGGGAAAAGGUCAUGGUCAAAGAUCCGAGCAGAAAAGAAGAAUUCGCGAGAACAAACGAAGUGUCCAAGUUUUAGGUUGUGUAAAAAUGUGUCAAAGACUGGUUUUAUAUAUUUUUAAUUAAUAAAUAAUUGUUUUCAA